AUUCAUAGCAUGUUGGGGUCACUCAGUGUUGCCAUAUUUCAAGCCUGAGAUUAUUAAUCUUAUGCGCCCAAUUAAUGCCUUAUCUAGGCAACCAAUUCUGCGCCAAUACAUGGCCUUUCUCCCGAAUCACUGACACUGCCCCGCGAUACCCAAACUGUAGGAUCCACAUAUAGGGCUGAAGAGGCAACUAUUUCAUGACGCCGCUUCCCAAGCCUCCUCAGCAUUAACUCAUAACCUCCAUCUUCUCCACUCACUAUCUUCUUUAGCGAACUACUCACUAUAACUAAACUCCACUCAUCAACUACUUCAUCAAAAAAAGACAUCAGAAUCAUCGCAGUUCAUCAUGUCAGAACCUCUCAGCGUUGCCGCCAUUCUGGAUGGCAUGGCAGACGCUCUACCAACGCAUCCCACCAAUGACAGUUCAUCUGACCUCGCUUCAUCAUACGAAGUCAUCGCUCUCCUCAUCCACUCAUAUCUCGCUGCUCUCGGCUUCAAGCUCCUGGGUUUUGAUGAGGACAAGAACAUACCCGAAUGCGAGUCUCUCGCUCCUCGUCUACCACCACAAUGGAAUUCGGGUUUCGGUUCUUACAGUUUUGUCUACAAACACAAGCAAUCAGCCAUGACCUUCAGCAUCCGUAUUGACCGGAUGGGUAAAAAGGUCGAGGUUCGAGGAGUAGCUGUUGGCGAUGACAACAUCCGUCGUUUCGAGAGGUCGAUCAGCGACGUUGUGGAUUCUAAGAAACUCCCACUUCGCAUCACCAUCAAGGACGGUCAGGAAGAUCGAGGUGAUCUUCCCGAGAAACUCCGCGGUGUCUUCACCUCUGAGCAAGCUAUUGCUGAUAUCCUACAUGAUCUCAAGGUCAAUAUCGUACAAAAGCUCAUCCCAAAACUUCAAAGCGAAGGCUAUGUCGAGACAGCUGAAGCUGAAGCUAAUGCACGCUCCGAGCGCCGCGCCCAAGAAUCUCAGAACCCAGACCGUCCGUUCCGUGGCGAUCCUGUACCAAACCCACACCCGCUUCAACCCCCGGCGAAUCCACUCCCUGAGAUGGCUCGUCCCCGGCCUGCUCCAGUAGGAGACUUCCCUCCUCCCGGCUUUGAGGAUGAGUACGAGAUGAAUCGGCCUCCACGAGGCGGUCUUCAAAUGCCAGGAAGAUCACCCUACAACAUCGGUCACGAUGACUUAAAUCCUCCCGGUCUAGGUCCGCACGAUCCUCUCCGUGGUUCCUUCAUUGGCGGAGGACUACCUCGUCCUAGUGGUGGCUCAGGUAUGCAUCCUACGUUCGAUGAUCCUUUGUUUGGCGGACAAGGAGGUGUCGGUUCGUCCGGUUUCGAUCCCCAAGCACCGCCAGGAGCCCGCUGGGAUCCCACUGGCCCUGGUGGCAAUCCGAGAUUCCCUGGUCCUGGUAGUGGAAGGGGAAACAAUCCCUUUGGUGGAGGUUACGGUGGCGGAUUUGGAGGAGGCUUUGGCGGAGAUAUCAUCUAAUAGCAGAGAAACAGGACAUCAUGACAAGCGAUGAUUACCAGCAACGGCUAGCUAGAUACUAAUGGCGGGUAUACGCUCGCUUGAACAGAAUG